AUGCGGAUCCCUGUGCUGGCCUGCGUGACCCUGAGCCUGGCCUUAACGCGAAGUGGAGGUGUGAUUCCAGGUGCACAGUAUGGGGACUGGAGUGACUCAGAGCUCCAGCCUACUAUUCAGAAGCUGAUGAAGGGAUACAACCGCUACCUGAGGCCCAACUUUAACGCUGGUCCUGUGGAGAUUGGAAUGAGUCUGGAUAUUGCUAGCAUAGAUGCCAUCUCUGAAAUUAAUAUGGACUACACGGCCACCAUCUUCCUGCGGCAGCGUUGGAUGGACUCCCGCCUGGUUUUCCCGGGGAACGAGAGCGUGAGCGUGGACGGGCGUCUGGUCUCCCUGCUGUGGAUCCCGGACACCUUCAUCCCCGACUCGAAGCGCUCCUUCCUGCACGACGUCACCGUAGAGAACCGCCUCAUUCGCAUCUUCAGCAACGGCACGGUGCUCUACGCUCUCCGCAUCACGGCCACCAUCGCCUGCAACAUGGAUCUGACCAAGUACCCCAUGGACAGACAGGUGUGCACCCUGCAGCUGGAGAGCUGGGGCUAUAACCUGCAGGAUGUGGUGUUCUACUGGACUCGUGGGAAUGACUCUGUCAAGGGGCUGGACACCCUGCGACUGGCCCAGUACAGUGUGGAGAGCUACUACACCUCUGUGUCACAGGCUGUCUAUGAGACAGGUCUGUACCCGAAGCUGGUGCUGCACUUCGCCUUGCGCAGAAACGUGCUCUUCUUCAUCCUGGAGACCUACGUGCCAUCCACCCUGCUGGUAGUGCUGUCCUGGGUCUCCUUCUGGAUCAGCCAAUCCUCUGUCCCCGCUCGGACCUGCAUCGGAGUGACCACUGUUCUGACCAUGACCACUCUAAUGAUGGGGGCCCGCACGUCACUGCCCAAUGCCAACUGCUUCAUCAAGGCCAUCGAUGUCUACCUUGGCAUCUGUUUCACCUUCAUCUUCGGCGCCCUGCUGGAAUAUGCCAUCGCCCACUUCUGCACCAUGCAGCACCAGACCAUUGGAGAUGUACAGAGAGACCUUCAAAAGGAGUUUGAUGAGUCCAAUGGUAAUGGAGCUAUACCAAUGGUUACCACCACCCACUCCAGUCAGCUAAUGGAUGUAGGCUCCGCCCAGCAGGAGACAACGGGCCAAUCGUCCGCAAGCGAGGGAGAGCCGGCGGUGAGGCCGCCGGGAAAGAGGUGUGCCCUGGCCUCUGUUAAGGAGGUGUCUCGCAGGGCAGCAGCGGCGUUCAUCGUUGAGAACCCCCACAACAUCGACCGCCACGCCCGCACCGUCUUCCCGCUGGCUUUCUUCAUCGUUAACGUCCUGUACUGGCUGUAUUAUCUCUUCCUCUGAGAUCUUCAGCUUUGUGUCUCACUCCACCUCGCUGUUGCUGCAAAAGACCAGUCAAAAGGACCCCUCUGCCACCAAGCACACCACACAGU